AUCUUUCUAGACCGAAAUGACAGAACAGAAAUGUAGCUAUUUGCCCACUAAAAGUUGUUAGUAAUACCAAGGAACUCCAUUGUAGAUUUGUAAUAGGACAAGAUAUUGUUGGCUAUAUAUGAUCCUCUUUGCUUUAUCUGAAAUAUCAAUCCUUCUGUCUUCUGUAACCACAUGAAGUUAAGCCUACCAUAUGUAUUAUGUCAUGAAGCCUUUCCAAUCAAUUUAUUUCAGCUUUUUCAUGUUUCUGAUUCUUCUAAACAAUAUCACUUGUUCACUAAAACUUGAGAUAGAAGCUCUUUUGUCUUGGAAACACAGCCUUUCUUCAUCAUCACUUUCAUCAUGGAAUCUUUCCAACUCCCAUAACCUAUGCAAAUGGGAAGGAAUAAGUUGUGAUGAGAAAGAAAACAGUGUUUUAGAAAUAAACCUUGUUAACUUUAACAUUAGUGGAACACUAAACCAUUUCAAUUUCACUGCAUUUCCCACUCUUAGGAUCUUAAAUCUUAGCCAAAACAACUUAAGUGGAUCAAUACCAUCAACUAUUGGCAACCUCUCAAGUGUAGUUUCCCUAGACUUGAGUGACAACUACCUCUUGGGGAAAGUCCCAUACCAACUUAGCCAUCUUCAAGAGGUAAGAUACUUAGACCUUGGAUCGAAUUACUUAGAGUCAUCUGAUUGGUCAAGGUUUAAUGCCAUGCCAUUGCUUACCCAUCUUAGCCUUAAUCUUAAUAUGCUUGAGUUCGAGUUCCCAAGUUUCAUUAGCACUUGUGCUAAUCUCACAUACCUUGAUUUGACACAGAAUAUGUUUAGUGGUUUCUUACCUAGCUUAAUUUUUACUACUCUUUCAAAGCUUGAGUUCCUUAAUCUUACAACAAAUGAUUUUCAUGGUCAUUUACCAUCAAACAUUUUUAACCUUACCAUGCUUAAGGAUCUUCGUGUAGGAAAUAAUCUCUUUAGUGGGCAGAUCCCUGAAGAAAUUGGUAAUCUCUUAAACCUUGAGAUAUUAGAAUUGUAUAAUAAUUCAUUUAUAGGGAGUAUACCUUCUUCUUUGGGAAACCUGAAAAGGCUUCAAAGACUUGAUAUAAGUUUGAACAAACUGAACUCUACUGUUCCUCCUGAGUUAGGCCUAUGCAGUAACCUAUCAUACAUGGCCUUAGCUUCAAACUCACUCACAGGGGAAUUGCCUUUGUCGUUGACCAAUCUCAGGUCGUUAACUGAAUUAAAUGUCCUUGAAAAUUCAUUUUCAGGAACUCUUUCUUCUUACUUCUUUGGCAAUUGGACUGAGUUGAUCAUGUUGCAACUUGAGUACAAUCAGUUUAGUGGGAUCAUUCCUCCUGAGAUUGGUCUUUUAACAAAACUUGACACACUUUUCUUGUACAACAACAAAUUUUCUGGUUCAAUCCCUUUAGAAAUUGGAAAUUUGAAGGUUUUGAAUCAGUUAGACUUCUCUAGCAAUAAGCUCUCAGGUCCUAUUCCCUCAUCUAUUGGUAAUCUUACACAUCUUACCAUCCUACAACUUUUCAAUAACAAUCUUGCAGGAACUUUGCCUCCUGAGCUCGGCAACAUGGUAUCAUUGCAAAUUCUUGAUCUUAACAUGAACCAGUUGCAAGGUAAGUUGCCUGAUAGCUUAGUUGAUCUAGUGAACCUACAAACUCUUUCUUUGUUCAGCAACAACUUCUUUGGGGAGUUCCCAAAGCUUUUUGGUAAGUAUAGCCUUUCCAUGACCAACUUCCGAAUUGCAUAUAAUAACUUUUCGGGAUUGUUGCCACAAAAAUUAUGUAACGGUUUUGCUUUACAAGAGCUUACAGUUCAUUUCAACAAGUUAACAGGAUCACUUCCGGAUUGCAUCAGGGAAUGCAAGGGGCUAAAUAGAGUAUGGCUUGAGGGGAAUCAGUUCAAUGGAGAUAUAUCUAGAACAUUUGGGGUUCACCCGAAUCUUGAUUUUCUUAACCUUGCUCAUAAUCAGUUUCUUGGUUCACUCUCUCCUCAAUGGGGAGACUGUACCAAUCUUACUCGAUUAGAGCUAGAAGAAAAUAGGAUUUCAGGGAAUAUUCCAGCUUCACUGGGAAACUUGUCAAAAUUGGUUGUUCUGAAGCUGCAGUCAAAUGAGCUAAGUGGUAAAAUUCCUGCAGAAAUAGGAAACUUGCAACAGUUAGAACAACUGAACAUGAGUAAAAACAAUUUGACAGGAAACGUGCCAAGAAGUAUGGGUAAAUUGAGUAAUCUCAAAGAUCUUGAUUUGUCAGAAAACAGUUUAACAGGAAAACUUCCUGUUGAGCUUGCAAAUUGCAAGGCCUUGUCAAGCUUGAAUCUGAGCCACAAUGAUUUAUCAUCAAACAUUCCAGUUGAGCUUGGUGAAUUAGCUCAGUUACGCUACUUUUUAGAUAUUAGUGGCAAUGAUUUUUCAGGAACCAUACCUGAAAGUCUUAGCUCCCUUACUUCUCUGCAAUCUCUGAAUCUCUCUCACAAUAAGCUCUCAGGAAGUAUUCCUGUGAGCUUUUCUAGCAUGAUCAGCUUAGAGUUGGCUGAUUUCUCAUACAACAAACUGAACGGCCCUAUUCCCUCUAUUGAUGUUUUCCGAAAAGCACCUUUAACAACCUUUAUUGGGAACCCGGGUUUGUGUGGAGAUAAACAAGGACUACCUCGAUGUAUAAACAAACAUUCAUAUAAGAUUAACCCGAAGAUACUGAUUGAAGCCAUUAUUCUUGGUUGCCUUUUGUUUCUUGCAAGUGUUCUUGGAGGACUCUUUCUCCUCAUUUGGUACAAUAAGAGAAAAAGGAUAAAAGAACAGGAAACAGAACACCAAAAAAACAGGAAAAAUCCUUCCUAUUAUGAAAACUUUGAGAUGCUCAUGUGGGGAUCAGGAAAAGGGAGAUUUAAAUUCGAAGAUAUCAUCAGAGCAACUGAGAAUUUCAAUGACAAAUUUUGUAUUGGAAAAGGUGGUUUCGGGAGUGUUUACAAGGCUAUGCUGCCAAAUGGUCAGAUUCUUGCAGUCAAAAAGCUCAAUAAAUCUGAUUCCACUAGUACGCAAUUAACUGAUCACAAGAGCUUCGAGAAUGAGAUCACAGCACUAACUCAGAUUAGGCACCGAAAUAUCAUUAAGUUACAUGGUUGUUGCUCAAAGAGUGGAGAGUUGUAUCUGAUUUAUGAUUAUGCAGAAAAUGGUAGCUUAGGGGAAGUGCUAUAUGAUGAAGAAGGAUCCCUUUUUGACUGGGGUUUAAGGCUCAAAAUCGUCCAAGGAUUAGCAUAUGCACUUUCUUACUUGCAUCAUGACUGCUCUCCACCAAUUGUGCAUCGUGACAUAUCAAUCAACAAUGUUGUACUUGAUGCAGAUUUUGAGCCAAGGCUUUCAGAUUUUGGCACUGCUAAGCUGUUGGUCUCUGGUUCAUCCAACUGGACUGCCAUUGCGGGAUCUUAUGGCUACAUGGCUCCAGAGCUAGCAUUCAGUAUGAAGGUGACUGAGAAAUCUGAUGUAUAUAGCUUUGGUGUUGUGGCAUUAGAAGUUAUGAUGGGGAAACGCCCAAGUGAGGUAUUAUCCUCACACUUUUCAGGAGCUUUAUCAUCUAGCAUUCAAGAUUUGUGCUUGAUAGAUAUACUAGAUCAAAGACUUCAAAUGCCACCUCCCAAAUUGGAAGCUAAAGUUGUUGUAGUAGUUGCUGCAGCAUUGGAGUGCACCCGCCACUUGCCAGAGUCAAGACCAACCAUGCUCAGUGUUGCCAAAAAACUGUCGUUUCAAACAGAAGAAUCUCUUUUAUCUGACCCUUUUGGGUUCAUAACUGUUGGUAUGCUCUUAGAUCUAGGACAACAUAGAAUCUAUGAUAUUUCGCAUGACCAAGAUUCUUGUAACUUUGUAAACUAAAUGUAUGUACUGUGUAAAUAGAUACUGUAAGCUGUAAUCAUACUACUAGAGCUUGAAUAAUCUGUUCAUCAA